UAUUAUUUUUUGACAAAAAAGAUCACCGACCUAUCUAUACAUAAAAUAGCAAAACAGUAAUACACAAUGGCUGCAUUAAUGAAUUUACGGCAAAUGUCCGUGCUGCAAAGAAGUGUGUGGAACCAUUUUAGCAGGGUUAGCCGUAACAUUGCGACUUCUAAAAAGAACAGUGAAGCAGCAGCAACAUCAGCGCCAACAGCAUCUCAUCAAAGUUGUGGUGAUGAGGAACCCAAGAACUGGGUGAGCUAUGGGUUUGACUAUAAAAACGAGUCUGAUGAUGUGAAUGCCCACCACGCUUCAUUCUUUUUCUCUGUGACUUUAUGCCUAGUUUUCGGUUCUUUUAUGUGGGCCUACGCUCCUGAUGUACACAUGAGGGACUGGGCACAGCGUGAAGCCUUCCUCGAGCUACGUCGCCGCGAAAACAACGGAUAUCCCCCCAUCAGCCCCAACUAUAUAGACCCGAAAACCAUUCAAUUACCUGAUGAAGAAGAUAUUUGUGAUGUUGAGAUCAUUAUUUAAAAGUAAAUUCUUACAGGUUGCAUUGUUAUACUAAAGGAUAAAUACUUAGGUUUCAAUACAAAUGUCUCAUAUUGUAAACAUCUUUAUUAUUAAACAUAAAUAGUAGUUUUGUUUUUGUCAUUUAGUACAUUUUUCUUUUUAAAUUAUUCCUGCUAGUGAUGAGAGAAAUAAUGCAGGUGGAAAUUGUAAUUA